AUGGCCCGGCCCAGCACUCCUCCCUGUGGGCCCACCAAGGCCCAUGACAGGUGGCUGAGCAACCCCCAGCAUGGGCAGAAACUGUACAGGCGAGUGAAAAGUUGGACACGAGAUGUUGAUAUCUUUGAAAAAGAUUUCAUUUUUGUUCCUAUCAAUGAAGAUGAACAUUGGGUCUUAGCUGUUAUCUGUUUCCCAGGCUUAACAAAUCCUGUAUACGAGCGCAAUCCAUACUCUAAGAAAGUUAAAUUUUCCACUAUUUGCAAACAGCCUUGUAUUCUGCUCAUGGAUUCAUUGAGAGGCCCCUUCCCAUCACAUAUUUUCCAAAUACUUCAGGAAUGGCUGGAGGUAGAGUGGGAAGUCAAGAAAGGGACCAAAAGAAGUUUCACUGAAUGCGUUAUCAAUUUAAAUCUAGAAGUGCCACAACAAAACAACAAUAGCGAUUGCGGAAUUUAUGUGCUACAAUAUGCAGAGAGCUUUUUUAAGACUCCCAUUCUAAGCUUCGACGCAUCAAUGAAUUUAGCAGACUGGUUUCCUGACUCAAGAGUGGAAAAGAAGCGAGAAGAAAUACGAAACUUAAUCCUUAGCCUGAAAUAG